AUGUUCAAAGCAACAAACCACCAUCAGCUCGCCGUUGUGAUUGUCCCAGUCAUAAUGGUUGUGUUGGCCACGUUGUGUGUGGCUCUGCGAUUCAGAGCGAGGCGAUUGCAGAAGGCCCAAUUCGCAUUCGACGACUGGCUGUGUUUUGUUGCGCUACUCUUGACUUGGGUAUUCCAAGGCAUUAAUAUGGCAGCUGUGUUUGCCGGAGGAGUAGGUCUACCAAUUGCGACUGUCAUGGCGAUUGAUCCCAAUGCUAUCACCACGUUUCUGAAGAUUCUGUUUGUGAACUUCUCGCUAUGGAUUGUAGUGGUGUCCGUCGUCCAACUUUCGAUCAUGUUUUUCUACAUCCGGAUUUUCGGGAUCGUGGACACGUUUCGCUGGGCAUGCUAUGUACUCGUCGCGCUGAUAACUGGUUUGGGCAUCGCGGGAUUCUUCGGGCAGAUCUUCUUCUGCGUUCCGGUGAGCAAACAGUGGAAUCCGACGGAGCAAGGACAUUGUAUCGCCCUAAAGCCUUGGUGCUCGUCCAUCAGUCUGAUGCACGUCAUUCUUGACUUUGGGAUCGUAAUACUGCCGAUGCCUUUGAUCUGGAAGCUGAAGGUGUCCACUCGAAGCAAGGUGAUCCUAUCUGUGCUGCUAUGCCUGGGUCUCAUCGCAAGCAUCAUAUCGUUGAUCAAAAUUGGAUGCGUCAUCGAUCUUACCGGAAUACCCCCGCAGGACGUGACCGACUACUCGUGGUUUGGGAUUCUGCUUCAAACGCUCGAACUUCCGAUCGGGAUUAUCUGCUGCUGCGUCCCCAGUUUGAAACCGGUCAUGGUGGAACUCGCUCCCAAGUUGAAUUCCAUGGCCAACCGACUCCUAUCCUACGCCCGCAGCAGCCGCAGCACGAUCAACAAGUCGUACGGGUCGAGGUCCGGGGGGAACUCCGGCAACGAGUCUGUCACCGGAUUCGCUAGGCUCGAUGACAGUUCUAGUCAAGUCGGCGAGCGCGGUCUGGGCAACAAGACGGUCGCUCACGCCGAGGAAGUCGAGCUCGCAAACAGGGAACCUGACUCUGGCAAUGGGAACGACGGCAUCGCCGUCAUCACCUCUUACACGGUGAGCCGAAACUGA